AUGGAAUGGUUGAUACCUCCAUAUGUCAAUAUGGAAUGGUUGAUAACUCCAUAUGUCAAUAUGGAAUGGUUGAUACCUCAAUAUGUCAGUAUGGAAUGGUUGAUACCUCCAUAUGUCAGUAUGGAAUGGUUGAUACCUCCAUAUGUCAGUAUGGAAUGGUUGAUACCUCCAUAUGUCAGUAUGGAAUGGUUGAUACCUCCAUAUGUCAGUAUGGAAUGGUUGAUACCUCCAUAUGUCAAUAUGGAAUGGCUGAUAUGUCAAUAUGGAAUGGUUUAUACCUCCAUAUGUCACAUGGAAUGGUUGAUACCUCCAUAUGUCAGUAUGGAAUGGUUGAUACCUCCAUAUAUCAGUAUAGAAUGGUUGAUACCUCCAUAUGUCAGUAUAGAAUGGUUGAUACCUCCAUAUGUUAUUAUGGAAUGGUUGAUACCUCCAUAUGUCAGUAUAGAAUGGUUGAUACCUCCAUAUGUCAAUAUGGAAUGGUUGAUAUGUCAAUAUGGAAUGGUUGAUAUGUCAAUAUGGAAUGGUUGA